AUGAAUAGAUGGCGGUGAAAAUCUUACAAAAAUCAUGUGUUUCUUUUCCGAUUUUGUUUUUCAUCGUUCAGAUUGCAUCAGUUUUUGACCACAAUUUCAAAAUGAGUUCUGGUGUUAUUUUAGCUGGUUUGGCUUUGGCUGCCAUUGGUUAUGGAGGUCGAGCAUUGAUGCGUUCAUCUAAAAUAAUUGGGGAUACAUUAUCGAAAUCAAUACCUUCUUCGGCAUUUAGCAAUAAUAAAUAUUAUAGAGGUGGCUUUGAGCCAAAAAUGACACGCCGUGAGGCUGGUCUUAUAUUAGGCAUUAGUCCAUCGGCGAAUAAGAAUAAAGUACGCGAAUCACAUAAACGAAUAAUGUUAUUGAAUCAUCCUGAUCGAGGUGGAUCACCGUAUAUAGCUGCCAAAAUAAACGAAGCAAAAGAUUAUCUUGACAAAAAUUCUCGUUCAGGACAAUGAUCCAACAGUUA